AUGAACAACUCACGCGGUCAGUUUUUUCCAACAAAUAAGCGUAGAAAGUGGGAUGACGGUCCUAAUGUCGUGAAGAAACCGUCAACAGUGACGACUAAAACAUUAGCCAAGCCGAGCCUUCAUAGACCAGCAACAACAAAGCCAUUCGAUCAGCUGGCUUCCAGUAAUACCCUUCUGGCUGGGUAUUUAGCUCACGAGUUUUUAACAAAUGGUACUUUAUUUGGUCAACCUUGGGAUGCAGCUCGAGCCAAAGCCGUGCCUCUGUCAGCCGCGUUAAUGAAUCAGAAGCCGUCUCCGAGUCAAAAAAAAGGAAGUGAGUCGCAAAGAGAAGCCGAGAACGAAGAAGAGAGUUACCAGAGAUACGUGGAAGUUUCCCAUUUGUUGAAGUCAGAUGGAGCCCAUAUACCCGAUGUAUUCAAUCCGACCCAACUCGCACGGUUCUUACAACAAGGUCAAUGA